AUGCGCGGCCUGUGCGGCGCAGUGCGUCUCUUACCGCGACUUCGACGCUCGUCACUGCUUGAUUUACAUCGUCAACAUCUUCCCGCUGCUUUCACGCACAAUGACUCACUGUGGCAGCGUCGGUCGUGCAGUACUGGCGAAAAGGCCGGGAUUUCUCGCCGCCAAUACAUCAGCUUGUACAACUACACCCCGCUAGACGAGAAGAAGUUGCCAAAGCUUCGGAGGGAUAUGCGCGAACAGUGGGGGGACCUGGGUGUUGUCGGGCGAAUCUAUAUUGCAGAGGAAGGCAUCAACGGCCAGUUGGUGGUGCCGGAGCCGGCGAUAAACGUCUUCGAGCACUCGUUCCCUAGACUACUUGAGAAUGCCAAGCUCUUCUACGGCCAAUUGAUAGAGGACCAACCGGGAGACAAAAGGCCUGCUGAGCCGUUCCACAAGCUCGACAUUCGCAUUCGCGACCAGAUUCUUCACGAUGGAUUCCAGGAUGGACCGCUGAAUCUACAGCAGUCGGGUAACUCUUUGCUGCCUGAGCAGUGGCAUCAGAAGCUCAAGGAGAGGAACGAGACGGACGACUCGAACACACUUGUGCUGGACGUACGCAACUUCUACGAGCACGAGAUCGGACGCUUUGAUGGCGCCACAAGGAUCAUGGUUGAUACGUUCAGAGAUACGUUCGACGCACUGGAUGAGAUCCUCGAGAACCACAAGAAGGAGCACGACGGACAGAAACCCAAGGAGGUCAUGAUGUACUGCACCGGAGGUAUUCGCUGUGAGAAGGUUGGUGCGUAUCUGACGCAGUACAAGAACAUCUCGAACGUGCAGAAGCUCCACGGUGGCAUCGUGAACUACAUGCGGUUUCUGAAGGAGCAACGUCAAGCUGCAGUGGAGACACGUGGUCACUCGGAUGAUGCUGUGGAGAAGGAGAUUUCUCUGUUCAAGGGCAAGAAUUUCGUGUUCGACCAGCGAUGCGUUGGCGAACUGACGGAGUCGGAGGAGGUGACUGACGACAUACUAGGCCAGUGCUUCCAGUGUGGAGACCCGUGCAACCACCACACCAACUGCAGCAACUUGAUGUGCCACGGAUUGAUUCUCCAGUGCUCCAAGUGCGCAACGAGCAUGUUGGGGGCAUGCAGUGAAGCCUGCAAGCAAGAAUAUGUCAAGAUGGAAUCCAUGACUCCAGAGGAGCAACGUAACUACAGGAAGGCAAAUGCCCUGAAGUGGAAACCCAAGAACCCCAACUCAGUCUCAUCACUGAAGUACAUCAAGUUCCGACCUGCUUCCCCUGAGUUGCUGCAAAAAGCCUAG